CCAGGCGCUGCAGUGGGCAUCAUGGCCGUGGACAUAGCAGAAUACCACCUGAGCGUUAUCAAGAGCCCCCCUGGCUGGGAGGUGGGCGUCUACGCUGCAGGGGCCCUGGCGUUGCUCGGAAUCGCAGCUGUGAGCCUAUGGAAGCUCUGGACAUCUGGGAGUUUCCCCAGCCCCUCCCCAUUCCCAAACUAUGACUACAGGUACCUGCAGCAGAAGUAUGGCGAGACCUACGCGAAGGCCCGGCAGAAGAGAGCACCUGCCGGGACUGGGACUGCCCAGCGCAUCAGUGCUCGGGGACCACCCAGCCGCAAAGGCAGCCUCAGCAUUGAAGACAACUUUGAGAGCAUCAGUGAGCUAGGGCCCCUGGAACUGAUGGGCCGAGAGCUGGAGCUGGCCCCCUAUGGGACCCUUCGGAAGUCCCAGUCUGCUGACUCCCUGAACUCGGUCUCCUCUGUAAGCAACACCUUUGGACAGGACUUCACACUGGGCCAGGUGGAGGUGACCCUGGACUAUGACGCUGCCUCGCACACCCUCCAUGUGGCCCUGCUGCAGGGCAAGGACCUCCUGGAACGAGAGGAGGCCAGCUUCGAGUCCUGCUUCAUGCGUGUUAAUCUGCUGCCUGAUGAACAGAUUGUGGGUAUUUCCCGGAUCCAGAGGAAUGCCUACUCUAUCUUUUUUGAUGAGAAGUUCUCCAUCCCUCUGGACCCUGCAGCCCUGGAGGAGAAGAGCCUGCGGUUUUCUGUGUUUGGCAUUGACGAGGAUGAGCGGAAUGUCAGCACAGGGGUGGUAGAGCUGAAGCUUUCUGUGCUUGACCUCCCUAUCCAGCCCUUCAGUGGCUGGCUCUACUUACAGGACCAGAACAAGGCUGCAGACGCUGUGGGCGAGAUCCUGCUAUCCCUCAGUUACCUACCCACAGCCGAGCGCCUCACCGUGGUUGUGGUGAAAGCCAAGAACCUCAUCUGGAGCAAUAACAAGACCACGGCAGACCCAUUCGUCAAGGUGUACCUGCUGCAGGAUGGGAGGAAGAUGAGCAAAAAGAAGACAGCCGUGAAGAGGGAUGACCCCCACCCCGUGUUCAACGAGGCCAUGAUUUUCUCAGUGCCAGUCAUCGUGCUCCAGGACCUGUCUCUCCGUGUGACGGUGGCUGAGAGCAGCAGCGAUGGCCGUGGAGACAACGUGGGUCACGUCAUCAUCGGGCCGUCAGCCAGUGGCAUGGGCACCACACACUGGAACCAGAUGCUGGCCACACUACGAAGACCUGUGUCCAUGUGGCACCCCGUCCGGCGAAACUAGUGAUUGGGGAAGGGCCAGGGUGGACACUGGAACCACCUGGAGCCAGGUGUAAGCUCAACUCUGUCCAACACUCUUCUCCAGAGUCCAGCUGGAGCUACAAACACCAGGGUCCUCAAGAGACAGCGUGGUCCUCUGUCCAGACUGCAGUGGAGGAACUGACCUGGCUGUCCAGGGACCCAGGACUUUCCUCCACACAUGACCAACUAUGGCUGGGCCAG